GCUCUACCGGUGUUACCUCAACUUCCCGGAAGACGAGCGGCGGCGGCGGCGGCGGCGGCGGCAGCGGCAGACUCCCCGUGACCGGACGGAGGGUCGGGGGGUGACGAUGUGGAUAUAACCUGGAUCCGGUAACGCUGGAAAGGGGGCGGCGGAACCUGACGUACAACGAGCGGACUGGGCGAGGCGGUGCCAGUGCGAUCAGGAGCGAGCUCUCUUCCAGACGACAACACCGUCUGGUCUGAUACCUCGCGUGCGGUUAAGAGCCGAUAUCGGCUAAGAUGGCUCCUGUCGCUGAUGUCGCGGCGUGGGCGGAGUCGCUCGACCAGCUUCUGGAGUGUCAAACAGGCCAGCUGGUGUUCGAGGACUUCCUGAGGACAGAAUACAGCGAGGAGAACCUUUUGUUCUGGCGGGCCUGCGAGGGCUACAAGAAGAUCGCCGACGAGGCAGAAUUGGCGGUCGCUGCCAAAAGGAUCUUCGUCGAGUUCGUCCAGGUCGACGCUCUGAGACAGAUAAACAUUGACUGUGUGACCAGAGGCGAGAUCAGCGGGAAUCUCUCUCGGCCGGGGCCGGGCUGCUUCGACAGGGCGCAGCGGCUGAUACGCCGCCUGAUGGAAAACGACUGUUAUCCGCGAUUCCUCAAAUCGGAAAUCUACCAGGCUCUCCUGGAGCGGCCGUGAAAGCAGCUCGGCGGGAAUAGAGCUCAGCAGACGAUGGACUCCGCGACUCCGGGCGGAACCCUCCUUAGAAUUUCACCGCAAACGAAGAGGCCUCGCCCGUGACAGGAAGCAGAAGUGAAGGCGGAUGCGGAGCGGCCGGCGCGAGCGGCCGACAGCAUCUUAACGCCGAAACGUUAUCGAAAUGAUGUAUUUAGCAGCUUUUCUUCAAGUCGCCUAUUUCUCCCCGCUACGGCUGCGUCAUAUUGCAUAAAAAGAGGACGUCUUCUGUUGUUUUUUUUCUGGAAGGGAUGACAUUUGUUCGGAGGGGCGAGUUGUAAACACGAGUUAGUCAUCGGCGCCCUUGAAUUAUUCAAGAGUGUGACGUAUUUCAUUUCCGACUGGCUCAUUUUCAGAAGAUCCUAACAAAUUUAAUAAAAACGUACUUGUGAGAACCGUCAGCGGCCGAAUGAGUGACACGUCACGUGUUUUUAUACUCCAAUUGAAAAGAUUUGGUAUGAUAUAUAACACUGUGUGUGCGAUCUAUGUUCCCGUCGCAUUUCUUUUUCUUCUGAAGAACCUGCUUCCCGCAGUGUGUUUGGUCUCCGGCGUCAUUUUGUUUUCCGCUGUUGUCCGCACAUCACACACAAGCUUAAUGACGGCAACUUUAAAAAGCGUUUCAUGCUCCCUAGUGCGUAAGUUAUUUUUUUUAUAUUUUUCAUUUGAAUAAAACUCUUGUUGUUGUUGAGCUGCAGCCGCUGUGGGCGAUUAUGAUGAUUCGCAAAAAAUGUUGUGUACGUGUGGUCUGAUUUAUGAGCAUGCAGACGUCCAAUGCGACGACAGAAAUAUAGUAGUAUAGGUUUAAAGAGGUAUAGUAAUGUAUAGGUUUAAAGAGUUUGGAUUCGCGAGGUCUUUAACUUUUCAAGAUAUUUUUCUCUAAAAUAAUAUGACGAGGACCAACGAAUUGAAAGAGGACAUAACCUGAGUGAAAUGUCUGGGGGCAAGGUUAAGUUUGAGAAGCAAAGACCUCGGCACCGCUGGCGUCUGUGGCACGGUGCGAUACUCCGGACUUCACAAGGGCGAAGUGUUGCGAAGAUCCCCUGAUCUGUGAGAACUGUUUCUGCCGCUGUUCUAAAUGGCUUUAAAAGCUGAAGACUGAAACAUUGGUAUGAAAUGGAAAGUAAAUAAAAAUGCCAAUGUGUU